AUGUCUAUCUGUGGAGGUCUAACCGAGGUCAAGGAUGCGACGCCGAAAAUCCAAACUAUGUGCGAUGAGUGCCUAACUCUCACCUUGUGUCACUCUCUCUCUCACACACACACUGCCCUGCCAUAUAAUCUCUCUUUGCUACAUCUGCAGGUGAAAGCCGCUGUUGAUGAGAAAGUAGGAAAGAACUAUUACAGCUACACUGCCAAGAAGUACAAGAGCCAAAUAGUGGCAGGGACCAAUUACUUCAUCAAGGUUCAUGUAGGAGGAGACGACUACAUCCACAUCCGUGUGUUUGACCCACUUCCCGUAUAUGGCAACAAGAAGGAGCUGGGCGGUGUCCAAACCAACAAAACUGAAUCUGAUGAGAUUGUCUACUUUUAAAACACACACACACACAUACA